UUCUCUUUGUUCUCUUCUCUUCUUUCACGUUUUAUCUACUUCCUUUCUCAUUCUGUUUGUUUCCAAAUAAAAACGUAAUUGCCUUUUUGGAUUUUUCUAAUUUCAAGCCUUUUUAAACGGUGAUUAAUACACUUUUUUGGGUUGUCUUAUUGUCUAUUUAGAUAUAUAAAAACUCUCACUUUUGUUGAAGUUUUUUUAAUAUUAGAGAGUGAUUUUUUAGAGAAGAAAUAAUGGAAGAAAAGAAUAAACAAAAGAUUACUGCUUCAUCACUUUGUUCUGAGCUUUUUGGGUCUAAAGAAUCUCACCUUUCUUCUUCUCAAAUUUUCUUCGACUCUAUUUUUUCUACUCAAUCACCUAAGAUUUCAGGGACAGAAUCUGUGCAAUCUGAAGUGAAUGAAAAAACUAAGAAUGAAACAUUGAACUCCAAAAGUGAUUCUCAAGCUCCUAACACAAAAAGUAAAGAAAUGAGUUGGAUGUAUGAGGAUCAACAAAUUCAACCAUGUAGCCUUAGCUCAUCAAUUUAUUAUGGUGGCCAAGAUAUAUAUCCUCCUCCUCAAAAACAAAAUUAUGCAUUCAACUCGUACAAGAGUAGUGGAGGAAAAGAUGAUUCUCAAAUAGCUACAAGAAACUGGUGGGAGGGAAGUUACGAGUAUUAAAAUCAUGAUUUUCAACUCUAGACAUUAUGCUUCAUCAGGUAGAUGACAUUAUAGUCAAUUGAGUUAAAACAUUAUGUACUGCUAUUUGCUUACCAAGCAAAGGAAUCUUAAUACAAUUCUACAGUCAUUAACAAACUUUUUUAUUUACUUCAAAUAAUUUGGUUAUCCUUUAUUACAAAAAUAAAGUAUGUUGUUUAUGAAUUUGAUGUUUUUUUAUGAUGAUAAUUUGAUGUUUUUUAUGAUGAUAAGAAUUUGAUGUAUUAUCACCUAUACUUUUGAGUAGUUAAAACUU